UUGAUGUCCACCUCUUCCCCCCCCUCUCUUUAUCUCUCCUUUUGAUUCAUAUUUUGUCCAUUAACAAUCUUUCUCAUUCUUCUUCUCGUUUAUAUGUAUUUGUUUCUGCUUUUACAAUCUUAGUUUAUGGGUGUUUGCUGUUUUCCUUGUCUUCUGGGAUUUUAACAACUGUGCUCUAUUUUCGUUUCUUCUUCACUUGUUCUUUGCUAUUGUUUCAAACAAGUAAAUUUGUUUCACUUUAUUCUGAAUUUGAGCCAUUUUUACCACUUAAAUGUUCGUUUCAGAAAAUUGGGUAAUUAUUAUCAAUAGGGAGGAACAGAAUGCUCUGUUUUUGGUGAAGGUGAAAUUUCAAUCUUCUCACUUAUGAUUUUUGGAUAUGGAGAAGAAGGAGAAUACAAGUUCACCUGUUGGAGUUCUGGAGGAUUACUUUAGAAGUGAAGACUCAGAAACGUCUUCUUCGAAAGAACCUACCCCUAGCUCCAAUUCUAAAUCAAAUUCCAAAUCCAAUUUUCGCUGGCAUGGAUUGGCAGAGCUAUUCAGAAGAAAUUCUAGAACAGCAAGAGCCUCAUUGGAUCCUUUCAGUGUCAUCAAGCUCUCAAUAAGGAAAAGUAGUAGUAUGAAAGAGGGUAUAAAUACUGAGCCAUACAAUGCAAAGUCUCCGCAGAAGAUAUUUUCUCUGCACGACCUCCAAGCUGCCACCAAUAAUUUCAGUUUUGAGAAUCUGAUUGGAAAGGGGGGUUAUGCUGAAGUUUACAAGGGGCAUUUGCAAGAUGGAGAAUCUGUGGCAAUCAAACGGCUAACACGCGGUACAACUGAUGAGAUGAUUGCAGAUUUUCUGUCAGAGCUUGGGAUUAUGGCUCAUGUCAACCAUCCUAACACUGCUAAGUUAAUUGGAUAUGGAGUUGAAGGAGGCAUGCACAUUGUUCUUGAAUUGUCUCCAAAUGGAAGCUUAGCUUCUCUACUUUAUGGUAUGAAGGAGAAACUGAAAUGGAGUGUUAGGUAUAAGAUUGCUCUAGGGAUAGCUGAGGGUUUACUCUAUCUUCAUGAGGGUUGUCAGAGGAGAAUCAUCCAUAGAGAUAUCAAGGCUGCCAAUAUUUUGCUCACUGAGGAUUUUGUACCCCGGAUUUGUGAUUUUGGGCUUGCCAAAUGGCUACCGGAGAAAUGGACUCACCACAUAUUAUCCAAAGUUGAAGGCACAUUUGGUUAUCUUGCUCCUGAGUUCUUGAUGCAUGGGAUAGUAGAUGAAAAGACUGAUGUUUUUGCCUUUGGUGUAUUGCUGUUGGAACUAGUCACCGGACGCCGAGCUCUCGAUUACUCACGACAAAGCCUCGUCUUGUGGGCAAAACCUUUGCUGAGGAAGAAUGAAAUUAAAGAGCUAGUUGAUCCUUCCAUGGGUAAAGACUAUGAUUUCAAGCAAGUAAAUCUAGUGUUGUUGGCAGCUUAUAUAUGCGUACAGCAGUCUUCUCUUCGCCGGCCUCAAAUGUGCCAGGUUGUACAGCUUCUGAAAGGAAAUCUUAGCUGCUUGAAAUUCAUGAAAAAAUGUAGAUCCCCUUUGGUAAGAAGAACUCUCCGCCAAGAACUGUCAAAUGCAGAAGAUCACAACUCAACCAAAAUGAAUAGCUUUCCUCAGAAUCGAAAUUGAAGUUUUGCAGAUCAAUAGCAGUGACAUGUCUUACUCCAGAUACAAUUUUAAUACAGCAAUACUUAAUCUCGGCGGUCAACUACUUCUACGAGUAGCUUACAAAUACG